AUGAAUAUUAAUAGUAGUAGGGAUAAGGGGAAAGCCAUUAUAACCCCAAGGAGGGAUGUGGAAGGAUCCAUAGGGGUUCCACAGUGCUCUAAUGGGUCACAAGAUGAUACCCAUGUAACUACUAACACUAUUAUUGCUAUUAUUGUGAGUGAUAAAAAUCAUGCAGAGCUGUCUGCUAAGCCAAUUCAAUCCUCUAACAAAUUUGAAAGCUUAAAUUUUGAAGGAGGUGAAAUUAUUGUGGAUUUAUCCCCAGCCCCUGGUACUAAUAGUGGUUAUGUUGCUAUUUUCAAGAGACAAGUUAUGGAGGUCGAAUCCAUGGGGCACAAACUAGAGUCCCCUGUUCAUGGUGGCCUUUUGUCUUCUCUGUUCCUUUGUGUCAGGUUUCUUGCUUUGGCAAUGGGUUGCAGUAUGCUUGUGGCGACUGCUGUUGUUAUUGCAUGUAUGAUACAAGCAAGUUUUGGUGUUGCAGAAAUUGUUCCAGUCCUUUGA